AUGCAACUGCCGGCUGGAGGAACCUGCUCAAGUCCAACAUCGUGCGUGACUCAUUCAUCCUGCGAAGAAAGUAGUGACGGCAGCAAGUGUACAUGCUUGGAUGGAUUUGUGCCGGAUGAUAUCACUGGCCUGUGUAAACAGGCAGCCAAAGAGAAAUGCUCUAGUUCGAAAUCGUGCGUGACUCAUUCCCUCUGCACUGGAAAUGAUGAGGAUAAGACGUGUUCGUGCUUCGGAGGGUUUGUGGCUGAUGAUGCCACUGGCCUGUGCAAAAUGCCAUCAGGAGGAAAGUGCUCGAGUUCGGCUUUGUGUGUGACUCAUUCCAUCUGCAGCGAAAACGAUGGGGAAAGCAAGUGCUCAUGCUUCGACGACUUCGUGGCGGACGAUGCCACUGGCUUGUGCAAAGUGGGUUUUGGUGAGGAAAGGGGAACAUGGUCUGCAGGAAUCAUAUUUGCCGUCCUCCUAGCCAUCUUUCUUGGUGGGUUUGGAGUUGGCUUCGUCAUCCACGCCUGCAUCUACCGACCCGACCAAAUUCUUGGAGCCAAGCGAAAGCUUGGUAUUGGCCGUACCUCGAGCCAGGGGAUUGACGUCUUCAAGCGCUUCAUGUAUGAUGCUUUUGCCCUCAUCAAGGAUAGCAAAAGGCAUACCAAUUUGGAUAUGGUUGAUGGCGAGGAGUGGAUGCUGCAGAACCUCGGUGCCCAAUCUGACAGUGAAGACAGUGAGAAGGAUACCGAGGACGAAAGCAGCUCCACUGAUUGGAUAUGGCUGAAUUAUUCGCAGAGUGACAUGACCAUCCAUUGA